AACAUCUUUUUUUUUUUGUUUUUUCAAAACAUACAUAUAUUUAUAAAUCUGUAUAUAACAUAUAUAUGUAUAUUUAAUUACAUAUAUAAAAAAAAUUUAAUCAGUCGUAAAAAAAAAAAAAUUAAUUUCAAAUUUUUUAUCAGAAAAAUACUCAAGUAAUCUAAUAAUUUAUGAAAUACCGAAUUCCAGGUUUUCAAUUUCGUUCAUCAGUCCAUCCGUUUUAUCCUCUCCAGUUAUUACAAGACAAUAUCCGCGAUAAAAUUCAAAUAAAAAAAUCAAUUACCUGUCAAUUAAUUAAUAAAACAUCUCCGAUGAACCUUUUUAUUGUUUUUUAAUUAACAAUUUAUCAUUAUUUAAUAACUGAGCUUUCGAGAAUUAGUCAGUGGAUUUAUGUCAUAAAUGAACAAUUCAAAUAUUUUAUUUAUCAAAAAGUGAUUUUUUUAAAUAAACUGAGGAUUCAAAAUGAUGGACACUGACUUGGACUCCUGUUUAGACGAUUGGAAAGAUCUUACCAAAGAUUAUAAAGAACUUGAGGCAUUAAAUAGAGAAUAUCUCGCAAAAUUACAAGAAAUAUCAGAACUUCAGACGAAAUGUUUGAAUGGAAUUUCUCAUCAGAGAUAUCGGAUGGGUGUGAUAUCAAAAUCUUUAAAACAAUUUUUGAAAGGCAGCGAAAUUAGACAACGCGUUAAAAAAGAAAUGCAGAAGCGCGAAGAACAGCUACAUGAAAUGGAGCAAACAUUACCAAAGUCCAAUGGUACUUACUUAUCAAUAAUUCUUGGUAGUGUUAACGUUUCUAUUUUGAAUAAAAAUGAUAAAUUCAAAUACAAAGACGAGUAUGAAAAAUUCAAACUUGUGCUGUCAGUUAUUGGUUUUAUUCUAUCAGUCAUUAAUUUAUUUACUAACAUCAGAACAUUGGAACUGAGUUUUAUGUUCCUGCUGGUCUGGUAUUACUGCACAUUAACGAUACGGGAGAGUAUUCUAAAAGUAAACGGAUCGCGUAUAAAAGGCUGGUGGCGUUUCCAUCAUUUUUUAUCAACUGUAGUGUCAGGCCUGUUGUUAGUUUGGCCAAACACCGGACCCUGGUACGCGUUCCGUGGACAAUUUAUGUGGUUCAAUGUUUACAUAAGCUUCGUUCAAUAUUUACAAUUCAGAUAUCAACACGGUGUACUCUAUCGAUUAAAAGCACUUGGAGAACGUCACAACAUGGACAUAACGAUCGAGGGCUUCCACUCGUGGAUGUGGCGCGGAUUAUCUUUUCUUCUUCCAUUUUUAUUCAUAGGAUAUUUCUUUCAAUUGUACAACGCCUACACACUUUACAGUCUCACGUCGCAUCCCGAAGCCACAUGGCACGUCUCCGUGCUGAGUUUCAUGUUCUUCAUUCUCUUUCUUGGCAACGCCAUCACGACAAUUCUUGUGAUACCACAAAAAUGGCAGGAUCGUUUGACAAGUCGGUUGCCAAGUGUCUUUGCAUUUAAAUCCGACAGAAGAAAAAGUCUCGGUACCAAAUCACCAACUGAUGCAGUAACAGACAAAAAUCUCGGUACAAAAUUAUCAGCAGAUACGGAAACAGACAAACUAGAAAAAUCUGAGGAAACUCAGAAUACUGAUAAAAAAAUUGAUUAAUUAAAUAUGAUCUUGUUAGUAGACGAUUAAUUAUUUUUGAAUUUUUUUUUUUUCAACAAAUUAAUUUAAAAAAAAUGCACAUGUAAAAAAUUUAAAAAACUAUAAGUGCAAUUUUUUAAAAAAACUUUUAAAAAAAUCCAAAAAUAAUUUAACAUCAGCUGUCAGUAUCAUUAAUUAAGUAAUUAAAGGAAUCUAGUUUUUUUUUUUUUUCAUUAAACAUACUCAUUAAUUAAAAUAACUUUAUUUAAAAAAGUUAUUUUUAUUUGUGACGGCACAAAUAAAAAUUUAAAUCGUGACCACAAAGGGAUUAAUUUUAAUAGCUAAUUAAUUUAAUAAUUUUUUCAUUGAUCAUUAGUAUAAAUAAUUAUUUUUUAAUACGUAAAUAAUUGCGUACACUUUAUAAUACUGUAAUUGUGAUGUAAUAGUUAAUAAUUAAUUAGUAAACGGUGAAUUUAUUUAUAUAAUACGAAGGAUUAUAAAUCUCCUGUGGAGGUAAUUCCGGAUGGUGUCAAAAGUCAAUAAUUUUAAUUAAUUAUUUAACUCAAUAAUACAGUCGCACAUUUUCAUUUAUUUAUUAAUGAUAAAAUAUCUUUUUUUUUUUUAAUCGCACAUUUGUGUAGUGUACGAAUUUAAAUAAAUAUAAUAAAUGAA